AUGAAAGGGAUUCCUCCAAAGUACACGAUUGUGGACGUGGACAAACAGUCGAAUCCUUGGAUCUUCUACGUCCAGGUCACGGUGGCGGACGUGACUGCGGUGGGACUCGGCUUGGACAAGAAGGACGCUAAAAGGAAUGCGGCCUCAAAAGUUCUCAACUCGUUUGGGUACAACUUUGUAGUCAAGGAGCCAGAGCCAAGACCCAAAGAAGACAUCACAUCUCAGCAGAUAGAGACUGAUGUUCUUGAGGACGUCCCCGAGGUUGAUGAGACACAACAGGACCAGGAAUGUUCUGUAGCUCAAGACGACUCCAUCCAGACAGAGGAGACCCAGCCCCAAACAGAAGACACAUCUGUGGACACAUCUGCUGCUGCCCAAGACAAAGCAGCAGAGGUUUUCCUGGAUGACACUGAGGAGGUUCAGACACCUCCAGAGGAGUUUGUGUUUGUGGAGUCCCCUGAAGACACUGCUACUGAUGGUGUUGAUCAGGCAGAACUUCUGAGGGACCAGGAACAGUCACCAGUACUCACACAGACUGUAAGUGAGGAGGUAACGGUUAGUGAUGUUCCCCACACUGUCAGCACAACUCAAGAGACUGAGACUAUUGAAGAGUCACAACAGGACCAGGAAUGUGCUGUUGCUGAAGACUCCAUCCAGACCGAGGAGAUCCAGUCCCAAACAGACAACACAUCUGUUUUGUCGUCUGCUGCUGCUGCUCAAGACGAAGCAGCAGAGGUUUUCUUGGAUAACCUAGAGGAGGAGGUGCAGACACCUCCCGAAGAGUUUGUGUAUCUAGAAACCUGCAAAGACACUGCUAUUGAUGGGGUUGAACAGGCAGCCCUACUCAGUGACCAGGAACAGUCACCAGUACUCGCACAGGCUGUAAGUGAGGAGGUAACGGUAACUCACGAGACUGAGACUGAUGUUCAUGAGGAGGUUGAAGACUCACUACAGCACCAGGAAUCUUCUGUUGCUGAAGACUUCUUUCAGACAGAAGAGAUCCAGUCUCCAACAGACGACACAUCUGUUUUGUCUUCUGCUGCUGCUCAGGACGAAGCAGCAGAGGUUUUCUUAGAUAACAUCGAGGAGGAGGUUCAGACACCUCCCGAAGAGUUUGUGUAUCUAGAAACCUCCGAAGACACUGAUGGUGUUGCACUUCUGAGGGACCAGGAACAGUCACCAGAAGUCGCACUGACUGAAAACAAGGAGGUAACAGUUCACAAGGUCCUUGAUCAGUCUGAAGAUGACCACACCACAGACUUUGAAGAAACUGUUGGAACCACAGAUGAAAAUGGUUCGACAAGUCCUUUAGAAGACUUGACCCUGAGGGCUCAAGAGACAGUGGUCAAGGACACGGUUAGGGCUAUGUCACAACCUGAUAUUAUCACCGAGGAUGUCGUUGUGUCAUCGGACACGUCUACUGAACCAUGUAGGAUUUCUCCAACCUUCAUAAGAGAGUCCUACUUCAUCACCAACGCACUCACCGAAAAACUGUUCAAACUGGCUGGAUCCAAAGACCACCGCAAAGCCAGUCUGAUGGGAGUCCGUCUGCAUCACAGAAUCAAGCAGCAGCUGGAGUUAGAAGAAAACUCUCAGAUGAAGAUGAAGAACUCAGAGAAAAUCGGUAAAGCAGCCGCCAAACGUCUCAUGGUGGAUUAUGGAUCGGCAGACGCAGUCCUGAGGGCGGCUGUGGAGGACGACACAGCUGCAUUUGAAGCAGCUGCAGCGAAACAUAUAAACGCUGAGCUGAGAUCCUUCCAGAAGCGUCCCAAGUCUGCGCUGUCACGGCUCUUCUCCAGGAUGAGGAGAGCCUUCACCUUCUAA